AUGAUUUCUGACAAUCAAUUCAUACAUCAAGGAAUGACCGAUUCGGAAGACUUGCCCGCUCAGAAGCGAAAGGUAUAUAUCUCGCGAAGUGGGACUGACUACAAAUACGCAAAAGACCUGAUUCCAAUAACCCAUGACAGUAUGAACAAGAGACUGUGUGUGGAAAGAAAGGUGAAAGAAGCUCCCACGGAUGACGAGUACAUCGAGGAAAACAAGGGUGAAGAAGAGGAAAUGGGCUACGCGGACCGCAAUCCAGAAAUUCAAAAAGGAAUCGUGCUGUCCAAAGCCAGAAUCGAAAGUACAUAG